UAAUAAAGCUGUAACAAAGGUAAACUCUCAUCUCUUAUUCAUGAUUGCUCAGACAAAUGAAUCCAACCACACCAUAAGCUAAACCCAUAAUAACAAAGCACUAUGUGAACACAGGGGCUGUGAAUACAGAAGAAAUAAUAUGAAUGAGUCACGGAUGAAAUAAGAGCAAGGGCAAUAUAACGAUUACUCUCAAUUUCCACUGCUGUUCCAUGAACAGGGCUUAUCAAUUUUUAAAAGUCCUCAGAAAAAGUGACUCACUUUCUGAUCAACAUACCACUCAUACAAUCUGCCUCAAAUACAGUGUUGCCAGAUUGGGCGGGCUCCCGCCCAAUAGGGCUUCUUUUGAACGGGUUAGAAUGGAGAAAAACGCAUUGGGCGGGUAAGCAAAAUUAUGAUCCUUAUGAAAUUUAAAUUUCUAAGCAGCUUGUCUUUUAUUUGCUUUUAUUUAGUCGAGUAAUUUCAAAAUGUUUGAAAAUCAUGUGUAGUGCAGUCAUAAGCACAUAGCCCUUAUUUGUUCAGUCUAACCAAUCAGGUUGGGUCUGGGAUAGUGAGAUCUAUCAAUCAAUCUACCGUUGAGAUGUGAUGACUCGUGAGUGUCAGGGUUUUGGCGAAAUGAGACCAGAUUUUGUAUAGCCUAUUGCAGCGAUCACAUUGCCAAAGUGGUCCAAGUAAAUGUUGCGUGGUUAAUGGGAUAGUAACUCAAAUCUCGCAAAGUGGAUUACACAUGUAGGGACAGACGACUCCAAAAUAUAUCUAUAACUCAAUUCAGAGCACAGUUGGAUGAUUUAAUAGAAAUCAAACUGAAUAUGGGAUUAUAAUUCUCCUAUUCAUCAUCAGCACACCUUUAAACUGUACAGACUGUACUCUGGCAUGCUCUUGACAGCUGCUGGACUCGAUACAUUUUGCAUUAUAUGUUUUGCAAAAUAUAUGUCACGAAAUAGGUAUGAAGUUCUGUCAGAAGUUGAGUCCUUCAAAGGUAAGCACAUUAUUGUUUCUGCUGUUCUUUUUUGUUCUGUCGUAUUAGCAGCCUAUGUACCAAUGAAUUGCAAUUUUUUUGUGGCUGUGGUGUGUGUUUGAAGUUCACGAGUAAAACGCCGACUCACUUUGCUUUCCGAUUAAUUAUAGUGUGCACUUUUUGCAAACAAAUGUGCGUAGUGAUGCAUAUUUUUUGAGGGUUAAGGUUAUUGGUUAAUUUCUUGAUUGUCAUUUUAAAGUGGUUUCUGUACAUAUUAGUCGUAUUUUCUAACUGUCUUUAAUGCAUUUGCUAUGUUUGAUCCGUUUUCCUGGUGCUUUUUUAUAUUUUGUCAUCUUGUCUUCAUUUUAAGGAUAAAAAAGGGUCACUGUAAUCGGUGAUUGACAGUGCAAUACAUUUCUCCCAAAUAUUUUGCCAAUUAAAAUUUGGGUUGGUUUUAGUUAUAGUGGUCGGAUUUUAGUAAGCCUUUGGGCCGGAAAUUGUACAUCCAAUCUGGCAACACUGCUAAAAGAUACCAAAGGGUUGAGCUAAUUGCCAUAAAUCCAGCCCCCCCUUGCUCCUGAAAUUUAAGGACCCUUCAGAUCUGAAGAGCAAUGCUUAUAAUUUAUGAACUAACAUAACUCCUUGAUCUGGGACACAUGAUCACAUUUGCAUCUAUAACAUGUGGUAUAUUGUAUUUUAAUAUUGUGUUUCCAUAAAACUCACUGGUAAUAACACUUACAAUGUAAAGUUUUUGUUGAUAAUCUCACUAACACAACGUUGAGGUGCCUUUACAGUUUUUUUUGGAGUUUAUCUAAUGCACACAAUACUAAUUUCAUUUUAAAAAAAAUUAAACGUGAUUUUCCGAACACUGCCAGCUAACUGCAGUGUGUAAACGUGAGGAUGUUGUAAAUCAAACAGGGUUAAACCGGCAUCCGGUAACCUCUGGAGCAGCAGUGCUUCUUAUCUCGGUGCAAUAGCGUUCGUGCCCUCUAUGGCCAGUCACGCUGGUAGAGGUGUGGCGCCUUUUCACGCUUUUAACAGAGACGCUACAAAACACGGAGCCAUCUUGGAGGAAGACAGGCUGCUGUGAAGUUCGCAAAAACAGCAGAUGUACUCUUUAUAACAAACGCGUGAACUCCUAUAGUGCGUCAUAUAUAUACCCGAGAGCACCCUGUGCAUAAAUCAACGGCUGUUUUUCAACUUCGCAAGGCCCUUUUCUCGAUGACAGCCCCAGCCAGUCCGACUCCGACCGCGCUCCGCCAGAAUCAACUGACGUUUCUUAUGUCCCGCCUCCACGUAGGCGCGCGGCCAAUGUCAUCGCUCGAAAAUCUGAGCGUGAUGACGUUUCCGCUUCUGCGCACAUGCGCAAUGUCAUUUUGUCCAAAGCUCCUGACUGUUCACAUCGAAGAUGGCGGCAGGCUUUGACCUGCUAUAUAAGGAUUUCUGUAUUAAAAGAGUGGGCAAGAAACUUUUUCUCGUUACUUCAAGUUGUGUUAGAUUAGAAGUUGCCUUAUCUUGUCACAAUAAGUUUGAGGUAAGCGCCCAGGCAGCUGGAAAUCGCCCCGCCGACUCCGGGAAAAGAGGCAAUUCAACUAGCUAAUGUUAACAUUUUGCGAGCUCAGGCUACUGCUGCGAGUCUUGUAAAUAUGAACAUAGUGAAAGCAGCGAGUCUUGAAGUAUGUUAGAGCAUUAUUUCUCACAUGAUCAUUGUUACUAGUGGAGUUGAGUUGACAAGGGCGCUUGUCAGAUCCGAAUUGACAUUGUGACACGAGAUUCCCCUUCACUCACGCUCGCUCCAACUUCGAAAAGCAACUGGAGGGAAGUAAGGGGGUGUUUGCUGUGGAUGAAUCAAAACUUCUUGAACUGACGUGCACACAGAUGGAUAACGACUAACCCGAUACGGUGUUUCUUAAUGCUAUGGUAACUAUUUUGCCCAGCCACGGCGCGAAGAUCGGGACGUCCGCAGUGCAAACUUUGAACGGAGGCAAUGCGAUGGAUCCGCACACUGGAAGCGGCACUCCAGUGUCCGGUGGCCAGUCGACAUCAUCAUCAUCAUCAGACGACGCUUCGGCUUCUGUCCCGGUUGUCAAUAAUGGACCCGGGGUGUCGAAAGGACAUGUAAACGUGACUGUCGCCCCAAGCCCAAACACAGUGAUCCAGUCUUCUUACGGGAGUCCACAGUGUGCUGGACCCUCAGUUGUCAGGCCAUCUAUGCAAACUGCUGGAACAGGGUUAACUAUUAACGGAAGUAACAAUAACGCCGUUUCGGUGACUGUAGCCAAUGUAGCCACCCAGCCAGCACCGGGAAUAACUACUACCGCCAUCCCUCUUUCGAUGAACCAGACACCCGCCUCUGUGUCUGCUAUUCCUGUCAAGUCCGAGUCCCCUAAAACUGUCAGCCCUGCCGGCAUGACCCUCGGACCCCAGAUUCAGAGCCCCGUGGUGGCCACGGGAGCUGUUUUGCAGGGAGUUGCGAGAACAGCAGCUCCAGCGACUAUUGCAUCCAGUCCUGCCAUCAGGACUAUUGCGCCACAGGUGUUAGCGCCCCGUCUACACCAGAGCAGUCCGGGCCAGGGCAUCCAGAACAUCCAGCUACCUCCAGGUAUGGUGUUGGUGCGUAGUGACAGCGGUCAGUUGUUGAUGAUUCCUCAGCAGAUGUUGGCACAGAUGCAGGCCCAGUCUCAGGCCAACCGGCCUGCUGCCCCCACCAGCACCACCCCUGGGCCAAUCACCUCUGCGCAGGUACCUGGAACCCCACUAAUGGCCCGACAGGUGACCCCUACCGCCAUUAUAAGGCAGGGAUCCCCGACAGCCAGCAGCACGGCCACCACCACACUCCAGAGACCACCUGUACAGCAGGCAUCCUCUGUUGGCACGGUGCUGUCAGUGCAGGCGGGAACCGCCCAGAGGACUGUGACUGCUGCCACGGGGACCACCGUCACCCCGACAACGGAGACGAUGGAGAAUGUAAAGAAAUGUAGGAACUUUCUGUCCACGUUGAUAAAGCUGGCCACCAGCGGUAAGCAGUCAACAGAGACUGUCGCCAACGUCAAACAGCUGGUCAAGAACCUGCUGGAAGGGACAAUUGAAGCCGAGGAGUUCACCAGCAGACUCUACAAAGAGCUCAACUCCUCGCCACAGCCUUACCUAGUGCCUUUCCUUAAGAGGAGUCUUCCAGCUCUGCGACAGCUCACUCCAGACUCAACAGCCUUCAUUCAGCAGAGCCAAACCCUUCAGUCACCCACUGUGGUGCUGACCAGCCCCAGCACCGCUGCUACCACAGCCCCCCGCACGCUUAUCCAGACUGGCCUCAGCAACUCCAGCCACACCGCCUCUCUGGUGUUGCAGCCCUCGCAGCAGGGGACAAUAGUGAAGCCCCCUCAGGUUACCCUGACAACCACUCCCAUGGUAACGCUCAGGGGUCAACCUCAAAGCCACAUAGUGAUGGGUCAGCCUCAGGUGCAGCUUAAACAGAUCCAGACAGUGGCAGCAAAGCAGGGUGUGGUGAGCAGCACUAAACUGACUCAUGGUUCCGUAUCUGUAGCUUUAGUGCAGAGGAUGAAAGCGAAGGAUGCUGCAGGAGGAACUUUCAGGGAUGAUGAUGACAUCAACGAUGUGGCCUCAAUGGCAGGUGUUAAUCUUUCUGAAGAAAACGCACGAAUCCUGGCCACCAACUCAGAACUGGUUGGCGCAGUCACACGGUCAUGUAAGGACGAAGCUUUUCUCUCGGCCAGUAUGCUACAGCACAAGAUACUACAGAUAGGCAAGAGGUUUGGGGUGACUGAGCUGGGACCCGAAGUGGUGAACAUAGUCUCUCAUGCAACUCAACAGAGACUGCAAAACCUUCUAGAGAAAGUCUCAUUGAUCGCACAACAAAAGAACAUGACUUACAAGGAGGACAGUCGGUACGAGCAGGUGGAGGACGUUCGCUCUCAGCUGAAGUUCUUUGAGCAGCUCGACCAGUUGGAGAAGCAGAAGAAAGAGGAACAGGAGAGAGAAAUUUUAAUGAAGGCAGCUAAGUCACGCUCGCGACAAGAGGACCCCGAGCAGCUGCGGCUGAAACAGAAGGCCAAAGAGAUGCAGCAGCAGGAGUUGGCGCAGAUUCGACAGAGGGAGGCUAACAUGACGGCACUGGCGGCUAUCGGACCCAGAAAGAAAAGGAAACUGGAUUCUCCUUCGCUCGGGACUGACGCAGAGGGAUCGGGUUUGUCAGGGAGUGCGUCCGGGGGCUUAAAUGCAGGAGCGUCGAGGCAGUACACUCGCCAACGCAUCACGCGCGUAAACCUCAGGGAUUUGCUCUUCUGUCUAGAGAACGAGAGGAGCACCAACCACUCACACUUGCUCUACCAAGCCCUCCUCAAAUAACUGAUAGCCCCUAUCCUUCCAUCUUUUCAGCCUUUAGCUCUCUGUUAUUGUUAUUAUCAUUCUCUGUCAUUCCCUUUAAAUCUUUCUUUAUCACUCUUUGACUCUUCUCACUUCAUCACUGUCUCACAUACUCACACAGUGAUACAUUUUCCUUCGCUUUCUCGAGUUGACCUGUGCUCCUCUGUCUUUCACAUUCGGUUUGUUUUAUGUCUUUUAAUUUGAUUUUUGGAUUUUAUUCUUUUAAUUGUGUUUAAAAAAUUGCAAUUAUAUAUAUAGAUAUAUAUAUCAUGUUUUUGUUUUUCAUAGAACGUGGCUUUGUUAUGUGCAAAUUACGUAUGUAAAAAAGAAUUCACAGUGGAACUACCCAUUCAUUUUAUAUUUGUGUUUUUAUAAAGAUGUUUUAAGAAAUAAACAUGGACAAAGUUUCUAUUAA